GGUCCUCGUUUCACUGCCGAGUGCUUCCUUCCGACUUCCGAGUUCCGUAGCUCAGAGUCCCAGUGACCUGUAAAUUUCGCCGGCGGAUUCUCCCCCUCGCUUUGUCAUCGCGUUUUCUCGCCGCCGAUCCCGCUCGAUGCCCGGGGCGCAUCCCGCAGCCCCUAUGGCCGAUUGGAGCCAGAUGCCCGUGGACCUCCUCCGGCUCAUCGCGCGACGCCUCGACACGCAAUUCGACGUCCUCCGAUUCCGAUCCGUCUGCUCUUCCUGGCGUUCCUCGGUCGCACCGAGCCCUAAUCCCUUCGGGGACGGCGGAUUGUGGAUCAGCCCGCACGGCAGGGAUCCCGACGAUCGCCUCGAGGUAGACUUCCUCUCCAGGAGCACCAUCUUCCUCCUCGGAGUGCCCCGAUCCCGCGACCAAACAGUCCCCGGCGGGUGGCUGCUCAAGGUCGGGAAGGACUUCCCCGGGAGGAUGCAUCUACUGAACCCUCUCUCCAGCUGCGAAUUCGAUCGUCUGCCUGAGGAUUUUCCAAGAGUUUUGGACUUGAUGAAUCUGCGCGUGCUGGAGUUAGGGCACGAGUAUGUGUUGCGGUGCUUGAAUAAUGACGACCGCCGUCCUGCUGACAUACUUUUCCCGGAUAAGGUUGCUUUCAUGUGUUUAGGCAAUGGAAAUGAUUAUGUGCUGCUCCGGAUUGCGUCGGGGAAAUUGUCCAUGUUUAAAUCUAAGGAAGAACGGUGGUCCAUCAUUCAGGACACGCCGUCGCCAUGGUAUGACGACGUGAUAUUGUUUAAUGGGGAGUUUUAUGCCGUUGAUCGUGCUGGGAUGACUGUGAUCGUCGGGUUGGAUUCGGGUGUGACCUCGAUUGUGCAGCCGAACUUCCGUGGUCGUGAGAAGUUCUUGGUGGAAUCUGUCGGCGAGCUGCUGUUGGUCUACAGGGAUAGGAGCCUGGAUGCGGAGAACGACCACGAAAGCCUAAUAGAUUACCUUACGAGCGAGACGGUCCAGUUUAAGGUCUACAAGUUGGACAGCAAAGAGCAGGUGUGGAGCAGGGCGAAAGACUUAGGGGAUAGGGUGCUGUUUCUGGGAGAUGAAUGUGCAUUCUCUGCUUCAGCUGCAGAUCUAGGGGCUUCUAAAGGGAAUCUCAUAUUUUAUAGGGAUUAUGUUGGAAGGGCAGCAGAUUUGAGCCUUAAGAUGUGUGUCUAUGACAUGGAUAGUGGCCGUUUUGGACCUACAGAAGAUCAUGCAGGUUUUUCGGAGCUGUUCUGGCCUCCUCCAGAUUGGAUUGCUUCGACGACCUCGGAACCCGCCAUGGCCGAAUGGAGCCAGAUGCCGGAGGACCUCCUCCGCCGCAUCGCGCGACGCCUCGGCACGCAGUUCGACGUCCUCCGAUUGCGAUCCGUCUGCUCUUCCUGGCGCUCCUCGCUCGCACCGAGCCCUAACCCCUUACGGCGCGGCCGAAUCCCGACGAUCCCGCACGAGGGGUAUCCCGACGACUGCACCGAGCUAUACCUUCUCCCCAAGCGCACCAUCUUCCUCGUCGGAGUGCCCCGAUCCUGCGACCAAACAGUCCCCAGCGGUUGGCUGGUCAAAGUCUGGGAGGACGACCGCGGGGGGAUGAAUCUACUGAACCCUUUCACCAGCUGCGAAUUCGAUCGGCUGCCUGAGGAUUUUCCGAGAGUUUUGGACUUGAUGAAUCUGCGCGUGCUGGAGUUAGGGCACGAGUGUGUGUUGCAGGAUUCCAAUUGUCUCAGCUAUGGCUUUUAUAAUAAGGUAUGGGACACGGAUAGGGUUGUUUUUUUGUGUUUAGACAAUGAAAAUGAUUUUGCGCUGCUCAGGCUUAUCCCUGGUGGCACAAUGGUCAUGUUUAAAUCUAGGGAAAAACGGUGGUCACGCGUUCAGGACAUGCUGUCGGGAUAUGACGACGUGAUAUUGUUUAAGGGGGAGUUUUAUGCCGUUGACAAUGAUGGGCGCACUGUGGUUGUCGGGUUGGAUUCCAGUGUGACUUUGAUUGCGCAGUCGACCUUUGAUUGUUGGGACAAGCGUUUGGUGGAAUCUGUGGGCGAACUGCUGUUGGUCAAUAUGUAUUGGGAGGAGGAGACAACCAGAUUGAAGGUCCACAAGUUGGACAGAGAAGAGAAGGUAUGGAAUGAGGUGAAAGAUUUAGGGGAUAGGGUGUUGUUUCUGGGAGAGGAAUGUACAUUUUCUGCUUCAGCUGCAGAUUUAGGGGCUUGUAAGGGGAAUUGCAUAUUUUUUACGGAUCAUGCUGGAGUAGUCAUAGGAGCGUCGAGCCUUGAGAUUGGUGUCUAUGAUAUGGAUAGUGGCAUUAUUGGACCUAUAGAAGAUUAUGCAGGUUAUUCACAGCUGUUCUGGCCUCCUCCGGAUUGGAUUGUUUCCAGGACCGCAGAACCUCAGGUUCAAAAUCAAUUGGAAGCACUGACAGUGUAACGUGGAGGUUGGUCUUCUUGGAUAUUGGGGUGUUGCUGCAAUCGAAUCGUUUGUUCACGGCAUUGUACAUGAAUAACACGGUAAGAAAGGGCUAGAGAGGUUGAUUUAGCUCACUGUAUGGACCCCGAGGCACUGAAGGAAGGCAAGAAGGUAGUCUGGUUAGGUGGCUAUUUUUACUUUCUGUACUCACAUAUGGAUGCUUUUUGUAUUGUAAGUAAUAUACUUCUAAGGUCUUUCCUAAGCUUGGAGGAUGUCAGUCACUUGCCAAAGAGGCAAACUUUUGCCAGCGAGUUUUUGCCUGAUUCAUUUACAUAGCUAUGACGCCUGUUGCACAGUCCAGAAGUUUGUGAACUAGUAUCGGUCGUGUGUUGCCCCUAUUGAUGACAGAGAACCUACCUAAGGCAGAGUUCAAUCUUUUAGCCAACUCAGAUAUUUGACAAACAGAAACAACAAUUUCACAAAACAUAAACUUCAGUCGAAAGGAUUGUGUGGAUUUCAUUAAUGGAGCAUCCAUUUUCUCUUUAGACGAAUUCUCAAACCUUCAUGUUCAUAUAUAUUUCAGGGUUUUACUUGAAUUGCAUUGCAAGGACAGAACCCAUAUCCAUCCAGAUUCAUACCACUGGAAGAUUCAUAUCACCAGGGCCCCCAUUGUCACUUUCGGCACCUUCAUUGAGAUCUCUCUCUCUCAAGCACAAAGAAGAUAAAUGGGCAACCAAAGGCAAUUUCACAUAUGCCUGGUUCCCUGAUCUUCAGAGGCCAAUAGGGUGCUUCUCUGAAAACACAAUACUAGGAAACUCCAAAUCAGUAUCAUCUUUUCUCUACUCAUUUACUCUGACACAUGUACAUUCUCUGUACUUCUCCCAUACAUAUAGACCCACUCAUGAAUUCACGCUGCUAAUAUUUCCUGCAUUUGGACCCAACUCAUCGUCAAUCUCGUUCGGGUGCAUCCCCAGAAAACCGCCUCGCAGUAAUGGUCCCAGCAUAUGACCAUAUCUCUUCGGAUUCUGGUGCUGCUGGUUUCUCUUCGUGUUUUUUGUGAUUGUUGCCGUUUGUGGACGAGGGCAUUCUUCCCGGAUUUCCACCGAAGGGAGAGGAACAGAAAGAUGGGGUCGCAAAGGAGAGCCGUAAGGCGUGUGCUUGAUCGAGAAGGGACUAGGAGCCAUCUUCUCUUCUGAAUGGGAAGAUAAACCAGACAUUAUCGUCGCCGGUCGAGCCGAUCUAUCGUGCUUGGAAGGAAGAAGGGGCUCAUUGCUUGAUCUUGGUCCGAUGAGCAAUUGAGAUCAAAGCUUCUCCAUUUUGUUUCACAUGGUGAUAAUUCACAACAUUUGUAAGCUUGGAGUUAUUAUUUACACAGGUGAUUGUGGGCUAAAUUAAGAGGAGAGCUAUCGUUUCAGGGGUUCAUUUGAAA